AACUCCAUUAUAAGAAGAAAAUGGAGCUACAUCGCUUCAAGCCAAAAAACGAAGAACAAAAAAUGAAGGAAAAAUGGGUUGGAGCAAUUGUGAUGUUGGUUUUCGUAAGUGGGUGGUUGUGUUCUUGUUGUUGUGGGUGUUUGGAGGAAGAGAGAAUUGCCCUCUUGAACCUCAAACAUUCAAUCUCUCCCCCAAAUGGCAAUGCUCUAGCAUCUUGGAGAGGGCAUGGUGAUUGUUGUAAGUGGGUUGGGGUUGAAUGCGACAUCACAACAAAGAGAGUGAUCCAGCUCUUUAUUAAUUAUACUAGGGAUUGGGAUGUGUUUUCUUCAUUUGACUGUGAGGGUUGGUAUCUGAAUUCUUCUCUGUUUUUGCCCUUCAAAGAGUUGAAGGGUCUUUUCUUGGGGAGAAAUUGCAUUUCAGGCAUCAUGAAGAAUGAAGGUCAUUCUUUUCUUUCUCUUUGAGCAACAUUUUUAAUUAUUCAUUUUGUGGGAUAUAUGGUAUUAGAAUUUUUAGUUUAGCAACACCACUAACUAUAUUAAUUUCUUGCACAGGUUUAGAAAAGUUGUCAAGCUUAAGCAAUUUGGAGGUUCUUGAUUUGAGUAAUAACCGAUUAAACAAUAGCAUCCUAUCAUCUUUGGCAAGUCUUUCAUCCUUGAAAGUGUUAAAUCUAGCAGUCAAUCAGAUGAAAGGAAAUCUCCUUAUUCAUGGUAAUCUUUUACACAAUAUAAUUAAUUAAUCUGAUACACUUUA